CUACCCACUGUCUACAAAGUGGUGUGGGGUGUGGGUACUGCAAAAAGUGGUUUAAAUGUUGUUGCCACGGCCAAACUGACGAUGCGCCGCGUCCGCUGAGCCUCGUGUCCGCACCCGUGAGAUCCGUGAUCCCCAGGUCCGAGCUCUGGGCACCCGGAAAACACAACGAGCACAGAUUCCGACUGUUUUCGGUUUCGUUUUCAGUUGGUUUGCAUAGGCAGACCAGGCAAACAAACAAACAAACACAUAGAAGCAUCGGGCUUAUACUAUACCAACGCGAAAAUAGGAUAAACGGAAGGCGGAGAAGUAGAUAGACAUCCUCUCGUUCCCUCUGAUUGCGAAUCAGUUCAGUUCAGCGCGCCAUGUCGCAGGUGCUCAGCCCCCACAAACAAGGCGUGGCGGAGGCGGACGGGCUGGACUACACCAACAGCAGCUCAAUCAUCGAGUUCCUGGCCAAGGAGCAGGACUGCGGCGGAAUACUGACCGAUCCGGACCCGGAGUCCAUAUUCCAGGAGGUUAGCCGCCUGUCCGACAGCACGGACAUGCGAUCCGUGGAUGAACUGCUGCAGGAAGCGGAGCGUCUGAUCCAACAGCAGUUGCGUCUCGGCGGUAUGGCCCCGGAAAUGGAUGGUUCCGGGCCUCUUGUUCCGCCCAAAUCCCUCGUCGGAGAAGCUUCCACCUGUGGUGAUGGCUCCUCCUCAUCCCCGCAAUCCUCGCCGCACAGCAGCAUACGGCUGAAUACACGCUAUACCCAUCGCAUCGAGCAUUUGCCCGCUCCCUUGCCGCCAAAAACCGUCGUAGUCAAUGGCAGGAACAGGCCCAGAUCCGGUUCCAAAUCGUCGGCCUCGCCCACAUCCGUGCAGACGCCGCUUGAGAGCAGCAAUGGCUGUGGAUUUGCCGCCUUCGUGGAUAACCUGCCAUCGGAGUCGGUCAUUUCCGAGGAGUCCACGCCCAAGGACAUGGACAUGGAGAACCAUACGGCGGCCUUGGCGCAGCUACAACUCCAGCUCCAGGAUAAUACCGAUGACGACGAGGAUACGAUGGAGGAGAUCACCGAGGCGGAGGUGGACGCCCCCACUUUUUCGCGGCCUGAGGACACUGGCAACUCGGUGAGGAGUCCUCCUGGCAGGCUGUCCAAUGGUCAAGGGCAGUCUUACAGCAAGCCCAGUCAGUCCAGUCAGCCCAUUCGACCAAUGGCCAGCUACAGCGAGAAGGCGGUGGGCAGCUCACCCAAGCGCAUGGUCAGCACCUUGACCUCACCCAUCGAGCAGAUCGCUUGCAGUGUUUCCCGGGAGCAUGCGCUCAAGCUGGAGAUCGAGCAGCUGCAGGAGCGCCUCAAGGACACCGAGGAGCGACUGGCCUCCGUUCGCCUGCAGAGCGACUCGCUGUCGCAGACGCAGCGUGCGCUCCGGGAGCACAACAGCCGGCUGCAGGAGGAGUCCGAGAUGCUCAAGCUGGAUGUGCAGCAUCUCAAUGAGUGCGCCAAUGUCUUGAGGGCGGAACUGCAAGCGGCUCGCCGCGAUCGUGGUGAGGCGCUCCAAAUGCAGCGCUCCCUGCGCGAGGAACUCGAGGAGGCGCACCAGGAGCGGCGGCGAACCGGGGAGGGCAAGGAGAAGGACAGCCGCGUCAUUCAGGACCUGCAGCGCCAGUGCCGCGAGAUGGAGCGGAUACUCAUGCGCAAGCAUCCGGACUCCGUGUCCGCGCUGAUAGUGGCGUCCAAGAGUCCGGGCAUGUGUCCGCUAAACGACCAGGAGAACUUAACCAGUCGCAAGCUGCUGGAGCAGCGCAUUGCCCAGCUGGAAUCUGAUGCCAAGGAGCAGGAUCGUAAGGCGCAACAGAUUCUGGCCAAUGUCCAGGCGCGCUUCAACUCGGUGCAAGCCAAAUAUGAGACGCACAUCGCGGACCUGGAGACGCAGGUUCUUAGCCUUCAGGAGAUCAACACGAAGCUGAACGAGCAGAUAGAAUCGCAGGUGCGCACCUUGGAUCGCUAUAUGCAAAAGCGGGCGGAUAGGUACUACAACAAUUGCACCCAAACGGAGCCAUUGGAGGAUGAUGGAUCAGUCGGCGGUGGUCUGAACCACGGAAGAGCUACCCCAGUCAGCUCGACCACAAUGGGCACCCAAACACAGGCGGCAAAUGGAACGCGGGAUCACAGUACCAAUACCAUUGGCUGCCCCUCGCCGGCGCUCGUGUGCCAGCAGCAACACCUCCAUCCAGCGCAUGGCCACCUCCAUCCACAUGCACCGUCCGCAAGCAGCAGCACCAGCAGCACGGCCAAUUCCACGCCGAACACGUCGCGUCCGAAUUCGAAGCAAAGUGGCGGUCAAAGGCGUUCGCCACUGGUCACCGCCGGCCCCUCCAAGCUGCCCAUCUCGCAGUCGGACUCGACGCUCUCACUGCUCAGCCAUGGCGGCGGAGGAUCCAAGGAGGAGGCACAAUUGCUCAGCUCCGUGCGGAGCAUGCGCGUCGAUCUGGCCAUCAAAAACAAGGCAAUGCAGCGUCUUACGCGGGAGCUGGAUGAAUGCAAGAAGACCAUACGGAAGCUGCAGCGGGACAGGGAGGCUAGUGGCUCUGGCAGCCAGCCAGGCAGCAAACUGGAUCUGCGGUCCCAGGCCAGCGGCGGAUCCCUGCAGAGGCGCUCCAGUGGCUACGAUCACCAUCACCACAGUGACCACAUUCCGGCGGCCACCGAAAGUCAGGCUCUGAAGGAGGCCCAAAACAAGUACCGCCUGCUGGAGGCCGACUAUAAAACCCUUCACGACAAGCGGCUGCAGGAUCUGAAGACCCUGCAGAGUGCCCACGAAAGGGAACUGGCCUCGUGCAACGAGACUGUGCGGAUCCUGCAGCAGCGCCUCAACGAGCGGGAAGAGGCUCUGACCACCCAGAAGCGGCGCAAGGUGCCCGUGGAUUACUAUGCCCUGAAAGCCAAGGUAUCGCUGUUGGAGAGGAGACACUCGGAGCGGGAGGAGAGACUGCAUAUGCUGGUGGAGGCGCUCAGCAAAGGACGGCUCAAUGGUGCACUCGAGGAUCUGAUGCAGGAGAACAACAACAAGUAGUGGAGUUCAGAGUGUUUAGGAUAUUACUUAAGCCACAUUGCCACAUUUAAUGCCAGCCAAUUCGAUUAGAGUCCGUCUAAGCAGAAAACAUCCAAUGAUAAAUGAUAAAUUUUAGCCAGAACAAAAAACAGGGCUUGGUGGUAGCAAAGGGUCCGAGCACUUGCUGCCAGGUUGGAUUGCGUUCGCUAAGAAAUGGAACUCUAACUGGACGCACCUGCGAUUUUCUCAAACCAAAUUCGAAUGUGUUCAAAGAGGAAACAAUAAGUGUAUCGAGAAGUGAUCAGUUAGCCGGUGGUUGGCUUAUUUAUAGGCUUAAGAUCUUUCCCAACAACAGCUGCAAUCCAAUCUGGCAACCGAAGGCCAAUCGGAAUCCAUUUCAUGCCCUUUGCUCACCAAGGAUAUUGAAAGAAACAGAAAAGGAUUAAAGUUAUUGUAGUUCUUAGAGCAGAAUGUAUUUUAAAUAUCAGUGUUUUGAUGUAGAAAUUGAAUGGUUUAGACCGCGUUCACACAACUUAGAAAGGGAUAGCGAUGGAGGUGUGAAAGAGAGCGAGCCAGCUGAAUGCUCCAUGGAAAUGAAAGGGAGAGGCAGCUUGUAAAACGGCAGUUGUACUAGAAAUAAGUAUUUUAUGUAUAUAGAAUAUCGAAGUACCGAAAUUCGAAGCGAUCUCAACAUGAAUAUUAUAUAUUUGAUUUAGACGAAAGGUGCUGUACGAGCGCAAUUAAUUUUACCAACUUAGCAGUCGAUUUUUUUUUACCUAACCCAAUUAUUGUGCGUUUAUGAAUAGAGAACUUUGAAAAAGUUAAAAACACACUAAGAACCAGGGACCGUAAAUACGGGUUAUUUAUACCCUUUCCCAAAACUGACAGAAAAUAAAUGUAUGUCAUCAAGUAUGACAUACUUCAGUACUGGCAAUGAAAGAAGAUUCUAUAUAUUUCUCAAACAGUAAACGAUAAAUGUAAAGUUCAACCAGUAUUUAUUAUGUAUAACUUUUGUUAAAACUGGCAUUAUCUUUGGAUUCUACAUUUUCGAGAGAUACGGUCCCUGUUAAGAAUUGAAUGGAAUAGUAUAGAUCUCCCAUAAGUAAAAACUCAAGCAGGCGGACAAUUAAGACAAAAACCAAAUAAAAAUUCCCAGUAUUCCAAUUCA